CCACCAUCUUCCACGCAUUGCAUUAGAGAGGCUUCUUUUUUGGUCUUUUUGCUUUUCUUAUCACUCCAGCAUUCAUCUUCAUAUAUACCACUUUUUGUGAUUCAAAAAUCAUCUACUACCACACAAGAUGAAGUUCUUCGCGACUCUUCUCUUCGCUGCCGUCGGCGUUUCUGCCGCCAGCUCUGCUACUUCGCCAGAUACCCCAGGCUCUACCUGUCUGGCUGACUACAUCCUCGAGGACUGCCUCAACUCAACUACCAAGACUGCCAACGCGUGCAAGCCUACCGACUAUGACUGUCUCUGCGCCGCGUACCAGGCUGUCUUGACCUGCUACAACAACUGCCCCAACGACAUCCGUGCUCCCUCAGUCCAGCAACAGGUCGACUCCUACUGCCGGACCGCCUCCCUCCUGUCGCCCAAGACAACAGCCAGCACCCCCAAGACCAAGACUCAGGACUCUUCAAACUCGCAAGAGACUUCCUCUGACUCUGCCCCCAGCAAUGACGAUACGUCUGCUACCGAUGCUGGUCCCACUCAGACCGGUGCCUCCCGCACAAGUGCUACUACGGCUGCUCGUAGCUCGAGCUCCAACGCAGCCGCUACCAUGGGAAGCGUUGCUGGCCUCGUCAUGGCUGUGGCCGGUGCUGCUGCCGCCAUGAUCUAAUGAGGGGAUGAUGUCAGGCGUUGCAUGUGAAAAGAUUGAAUGAAUUGGAAUGUUGGGCUAGGAGCACAACAAGCAGGCGUAUAAUAAUAAUGGGGACCUGGUUCGGCGCGCGUUUGUCCGUGUAAUUCUAGUUUACCUCUUAAUAUGACGUUAGGAUUCCGCGCCUAAUUACCUUUGUCUAA